GCAACCAGUGAGAUGAACACUGCAGAGGACUGGGGCCUCAUCUUAGACAUCUGUGAUAAAGUUGGACAGUCACGCACAGGGCCUAAGGACUGUCUCCGUUCUAUUAUGAAGAGGGUGAACCACAAAGAUCCCCACGUUGCUAUGCAAGCAUUAACACUUCUAGGAGCAUGCGUAUCAAACUGUGGUAAAAUCUUUCAUUUAGAAGUCUGUUCAAGAGAUUUUGCCAGCGAAGUAAGCAAUGUGUUGAAUAAGGGUCAUCCAAAAGUUUGUGAAAAGCUGAAAGCCCUUAUGGUGGAAUGGACUGAUGAAUUCAAGAAUGACCCACAGCUUAGUUUGAUAUCUGCUAUGAUAAAAAAUCUUAAGGAGCAAGGAGUUACUUUCCCAGCUAUUGGUUCACAGGCUGCUGAACAGGCAAAAGCAAGUCCAGCUCUAGUUGCCAAGGAUCCUGGUACAGUAGCCAACAAAAAGGAAGAGGAGGAUUUAGCUAAAGCUAUUGAACUGUCGCUAAAAGAACAAAGGCAACAGCAAACCACGCUUUCCAGUUUGUAUCCAAGCACCUCAAGCCUUUUAACAAAUCACAAACAUGAGGGCCGAAAGGUUCGUGCAAUCUAUGAUUUUGAGGCUGCUGAAGACAACGAAUUAACUUUUAAAGCUGGAGAACUUAUAACUAUCCUUGAUGACAGUGAUCCAAAUUGGUGGAAAGGUGAAACUCAUCAGGGUAUAGGAUUAUUUCCAUCUAAUUUUGUAACAGCUGAUCUUUCCGCUGAGCCAGAAAUGAUGAAAGCAGAGAAGAAAACAGUGCAGUUCAGUGAUGAAGUUCAAGUAGAGACAAUAGAACCUGAGCCUGAACCAGUUUAUAUUGAUGAAGAUAAAAUGGAUCAACUCUUGCAGAUGUUACAAAGUGCGGAUCCAUCUGAUGACCAGCCAGACCUCCCAGAAUUGCUUCAUCUUGAGGCAAUGUGCCACCAGAUGGGACCUCUGAUAGAUGAAAAGUUGGAAGAUAUAGACAGGAAACAUUCAGAACUUUCAGAGCUCAAUGUUAAAGCAAUGGAGGCUCUUUCUUUGUAUAACAAACUGAUGAAUGAAGACCCAAUGUAUUCCAUGUAUGCAAAACUACAAAACCAACAGUAUUAUAUGCAGUCGUCUGGUGUUUCUGGCUCUCAGGUUUAUCCGGGGCAACCUCAAAGUAAUGCAUAUUUGGUGGCAGGGAGUGCACAGAUGGGCCAUAUUCAAGGCUAUAAUCUUCCUCCUGAACAACUCUCUUCUCUCAGCCAAGGCACAGUUACUCCAUCUGCCAGCUCAGUACUGCCUGGUCAGCCUGCACAGACGUCUUACACAAAUGCAAUGGUUGGCUCUGUUGCUGGAAAUACUUACUCUAACCAGGCUUCAGUGUAUAGUCCACCACCUGCUACUGUCGAUGUUGCUGCUUAUCAGAAUGCUGGAACUAAUAUGUCCCAGGUGCCAAACUAUAACUUAGCAUCUACACCUCUGCCACAGACAGCAGGCAGUCAACAAGCACCUCCACAACAACCGCAGCCCCCGCCACCUCAACAACCACAGCAUAGUUACUCACAGAAGGCUCUGCUAUAGGAUCCAGGACUUCUGAUUCCUAAUCUUCUUUAACUUCUGCUACAGGCAGUUGGCAAUUCUAUGAGUUUCUUCCUUUAAUCUCUUAAACUUUGUUUAUCCUCAGCUUAAUAAGAAUCUAUCUUGGUGAACAAGUUCAAUUUGCACUGACUUUUUAGGAUUUUUUUUUUUUAAUUUUGCAGAGGAACGGAUAUAUUUAGGACAUUUAAUUCCUUCUAAAAUGCCUAAAAAUUGGUACAAGAUUAUUUAUGUCUGGUAAAAUUGGCUAGUCUGUGAAA